AUUCCUACCCCUGUUUCACCGUUUGGCAUUGUCCCCAACCAGAAAACCUUUUGGUUACUUCACAUUACCCAUCGCUCUCGUAAUAUCUGGUUCCGCUUCUUGCACAAAACCAUCAAUACACGAUUUUACCUUCAACAAAAACUGUCUCAACUCAUCACCCAUCCCCAAUGCAUUCACUGCCCAUACUUCCGACGAAACACCAUUGACACACUAGAUCACUUCAACUUUCUUUGUCCAACAAAAUACAAGAUCUGGUGCCACAUUCUUUCGACAUACGUCGAUCCUUAA